AUGAACAAUGCAUUAAUUAACUUAAGAAAAUUAUCUAUUAAAUACUCGCAAAAUUACCAAAAUAAUUUUACAAGGAAUAUAUGCAAUAAUUUUGGUUAUAAAAUCCUUUCUUUUGAAAAAAAUUAUUUUAUAAAUAUUGUAAGCAAUAAACUUAAUAAGAAUAAAGUAAUUUUAGAUAGUAAUAUAUUAUUUAAAAAAAAUAAUUUAAUUAAUUCCAUAAAGACAAUGUGUACCAAUCAAGACAUAAAAAAUAAGUAUGAGUAUGUCAAUGUAAAUAGUGAUAAUUUUCUAAAAAAUAAGCAGACACAUGAAAAAGAUGGAGUAAAUGAAAAAAGUUACGAUUAUGAUUAUAUAGUUAUUGGAGGAGGACCUGGGGGAAUGGCUUCAGCAAAAGAAGCUGCAGCAAAUGGUGCAAAGGUUUUAUUAUUGGAUUAUGUUAAACCAAGCAGCCAAGGAACGAAAUGGGGUAUUGGAGGAACAUGUGUAAAUGUUGGGUGUGUUCCUAAGAAAUUAAUGCACUAUGCAGGAAAUAUGGGAUGUUUAUUUAAUUUGGACUCUAAUGAAUAUGGAUGGAAAUUUGAUAACUUAAGACAUGAUUGGAAUAAAUUAGUUACUACUGUGAAUUCUCACAUACGCUCAUUGAAUUUUAGCUAUAUGACUGGUCUAAGAUCUGCUAAAGUUAAAUAUAUAAAUGGGAUGGCUAAAUUAAAAAGCGAAAACACAGUAUCAUAUUACUUAAAAGGAGAUCUAUCAAAAGAAGAAACUGUUAGUGGGAAAUAUAUUUUAAUUGCAACUGGAUGUAGACCUUACAUACCAAAAGAUGUCGAAGGAGCUGAAGAAUUGAGCAUUACAUCAGAUGAUAUUUUUUCAUUAAAAAGAGAGCCAGGAAAAACAUUAGUUGUUGGUGCAUCUUAUGUAGCUUUAGAGUGCGCAGGAUUUCUUAAUUCCUUAGGAUAUGAUGUAAGUGUCUCUGUACGUUCUAUAGUUUUGAGAGGUUUUGAUCAGCAAUGUGCAAAUAAAGUUAAAAAGUACAUGGAAGAGCAAGGAGUUGUAUUUUUAAAUGGAAUUUUACCAAAAAAGUUAACAAAAUAUAAUAAUCAAAUAAUGGUUGAAUUUAGUGAUAAAACAACAGAUUUCUAUGACACUGUUUUAUAUGCUACUGGAAGAAAAGGUGAUACAAAGGAUUUGAAUUUAGAAGGGUUAAACAUAAAUAUAAAUAAAAAUAAUAAUAAAAUUAUUACAAAUAAUCUUAGUUGUACGAAUAUACCUAAUAUAUUUGCUGUUGGAGACGUUGCUGAAAAUAUUCCAGAAUUAGCUCCUGUAGCUAUAAAAGCAGGAGAAAUUUUAGCUAGACGUUUAUUUAAGCAGUCUGAUGAAGUGAUGGAUUAUUCAUUUAUUCCAACAGCAAUUUAUACUCCUAUUGAAUAUGGUUCAUGUGGAUAUUCAGAAGAAAAAGCAUAUGAAAUAUUCGGUAAAUCGAAUGUGGAGGUAUUUUUACAAGAAUUUAAUAAUUUAGAAAUAUCAGCUGUUCAUAGAAAAAAGAAUUAUAAAUUACAGAAAGAUGAAUAUGAUACGGAUAUAUCUAGUACCUGCUUAGCUAAAUUGGUUUGUUUAAAAAAUGAAGAUAACGUGGUUAUAGGAUUCCAUUAUGUUGGUCCCAAUGCAGGGGAAGUAACUCAAGGAAUGGCAUUGGCUUUAAAGUUAAAAGUUAAAAAAAAAGAUUUUGAUAAUUGCAUUGGUAUACACCCAACUGAUGCCGAGUCUUUUAUGAACUUAUAUAUUACUGUAUCAUCUGGAUUAUCUUAUGCAGCCAAAGGUGGAUGUGGUGGUGGAAAAUGUGGUUAA